UUGGUGCAUUUCUUCGAGAAGUUCAGCGUGGAGCCCGACGAGGGUUUAGUGCGCCCCGAGGGUUUUAUGAGGGUUUUGCCGCUUUUUUUGUGGCUGCCAGCAGUUAGGGAAUUGGCCUACUUGAACAUGCUGCAUCUGCUAAGUGCCGAAGCCCUGCAGCAGCAGCAGCAGCAGCAGCAGCAGCAGCAGCAGCAGCAGCAGCAGCAGCAGCAGCAGCAGCAGCAGCAGCAGCAGCACGCUGCAGCGGCGCGGGGGCUUCGCCGGGCCCCCGGGGGGCCCCCCCCGGGGGCCCCCCCGGGGGGGCCCCCGGGGGGGCCCCCCAGGGGGGCCCCCCAAGGGGGGCCCCCGGAGGGGCCCCCCAAGGGGGCCCCCAGAAAGGGGAAGGGGGGCCCCCAGGGGCCCCCAGAUGGUCAGGGGGCCCCCGGAGCUGCUGAGGGCGAAGAAGCCCCAAAGGAAGAAGUACUUGGAACUGGCCGGCUGAACUUCCCCAAAUUCGUUGAAGCUGUUGCUCAGUGCAUCUCUGCAUGCGCCGUCAAGAACAUAGUCCUAAGAAAGGGGCCCCCCGGGGGCCCCCUGGGGGCCCCGCGGGGCCCCCGGGGGGCCCCCGGGGGGCCCCCGGGGGCCCCCGGGGGGCCCCCGGGGGGCCCCCAGGGCCCCGUGUACUGCCGCGUGUGCGAAAUCAGAGAAGAGGCGCGGCAGCUGUUGGAUUUGUUUGGGUUUUACAGUUUGGAAAAUGUUUUGGAAUUGACAAAAAGGCCUUUAAAAAGAGGCCCCAAAAGAGAAAUAGAAGAAGAAACAAAAAGUGCAAAAAAAGAUCUUUCCAAACACCCCUCUGACAGCCCCGCCCCCAAACCCGUCGCAGCCCUCAGGCUACUCACGCCCCUCUAG